GGUUGGUCCGCGCCCCGCACUUCCGAGGAGCACCGCCCUCGGCGUCCGCAGCCGCCGUCAUGCCCCGGCCCGCGCUGCCCGCUCUCCCGCUGCUGUUGCUGGGCCUGGUCACCGCCGCCGUCGCGGACUGUCCUUCAUCUGCCUGGGUUCAGUUUCAAGACAGUUGUUACAUUUUUCUUAAAGAAGCCGUCAAAGUAGGAAGCAUAGAGGACGUCAGAAAUCAGUGUACUGACCAUGGAGCAGACAUGGUAAGCAUACAUAAUGAAGAAGAAAAUGCUUUUAUACUGGAUACUUUGAAAAAGCAAUGGAAAGCCCCAAGUGAUAUCCUACUAGGCAUGUUUUUUGACACAGAUGAUGCACGUUUCAAGUGGCUUGAUCAGUCAAAUAUGACAUUUGAUAAGUGGACAGACCAAGAGGAUGGUGAGGAUCUGGUCGACACUUGUGCCUUUUUGCACACCAAGACAGGUGAAUGGAAAAAAGGAGAUUGUGAGAUUUCUUCUAUGGAAGGAACCCUUUGUAAAUCAGCUAUCCCAUAUGAAAAGAAAUAUUUAUCAGAUAACCACAUUUUAAUAUCAGCUUUGGUGAUUGCUAGCACAGUAAUUUUGACAGUUUUGGGAGCAAUCAUUUGGUUCCUGUACAAAAGAAACUUGGAUUCUGGUUUCACCACAGUUUUUUCAACUGCACCCCAAUCACCUUAUAACGACGACUGUGUUUUGGUAGUUGCAGAAGAAAACGAGUAUGCUGUUCAAUUUGACUAAUAUUUUGGAAAUCUCAGAUUAAGGUGUCAAAUACUUUGACAGUGAUUCCUGUGCAGGAUUUUAAUGUAAAACUUGGCAAUGAAAAUUAGUUUUUAUGGUUUAUUUCCUUAUUCCAGUAACGUUCAUUAUUCUCAUGUAAUCGCUGUGACAAAAAUUGAUCUUUAGGUUCUUAUAAGAACUUUUAAAAAAUAAUCAUAGAUAUAAUUUAGUAGUUUUAACCACUUCCCUAAAUGCACCUUUCACUUGAAACAGUUUAAAUAAAGCCCAAAGUAGUAAAGCAGAUAAAAAUAACCCAGUCUACUGCUCUAUCUUCCUUCCGAUUUAAUUGAACCACCGUGGGUUAUAGUUGAAUUAAAACAAAAACAAAACCAAAACUCUCCCUACCACUGUAGUUUUACAAUCACCAGGUCUUUACAGUUUCUAGGUCUUGCUCCUUUAUUAAUAAACAAGAUACGGGAAAUAAAAGACUGUUAAAUAGAUCCACAUGCUAUUUACUAUGGCAGAUAAUUCCUCUAAUAUUUUUUAUCUUCCUUUUUGAGUUAGAUGUAGAAAAUAUUGUAGAUUUUAAGGAGCCCAUAUUUCACAUAAUUUUACAAUUUCAUUACUUUAGAACAUCACUUUGGAGCAGAAAUAGUAUUUAGCAUUGAUCACAAAUGGUUAGAACUUCAACAAAAUUUUAUAGAUUUUUUGAAACAGUAAGAUUACAGCUAUACCAGGAAGGUGUGGAGGAGGCUGGCAGUGAGGCUAACACUUUUACCAUAGAGCCCCUUUAAGGAUUUUUCUCCUACCACCAGAUCUGUUCCUAAGGUAUCUCAUGCUCUCCAACUACUGAUGAACUAGCCAUUCAAUGACAUGAAAACUAUGUAAGCAAAAACUCUAGAAAAACACUACAUACUACUGUAGUGGUGAUGCUCAAAGUUUUCAGUGAAUGUACAUUUUAAGACAAAGGUGAAAAUCAUUUUGGGGGUAAAAAAUGAAAAUGAAAGCUCUGAAGCAAGAAUGAUUUUCCUUAUCCUUUAUGGCUUAAAAAUAAAAGAUAAAGAAUAUGCAGAGUUCACAUAAAAUUAGAUUUACUCUAUUUAGAAACUUGGAAGCUCAAAGAAGUCAUCUCUCUCCCUAACCCACAUGCCAUCAGUUAUGGGGAAUACUUAAGGGAACAUACACUCUCUCUCAUGCUUGACCAAUGGCAACAAAGCCCCAGCUUGUGCCAUCCGUUUACACUGGCACUAUGAAUAACAUCCUUCAUCACAACUGAUGGCACUAUUGUUUACUGACACAGGAAAAACUACGAAGUGAUGACAGGACUAUACAGUGUGGCUAUGUGGUACUAAACGAGCAGAUGUUACACUAGCUUUAGUCCACAAAACAAUUACAAUCUGUAAGAGCUUUAAACUUCUGAGAUCUUGGAUACUGUCUAUUUUAUUAUUGAUAAGCCGAGUGGUACAAAUAGUGAACAGACUGGAAUUCCUUCCUUUUUCUAUUCAAGUUCUACCAGUCCUUUAAGAACUAGGCAUGAUCCUAACUCUUCCUUAAAAUUUUCUCUAAUAGUCAAAUUUCUACAAUGUCCAAUAUGGUAGCCACAAGCUACAUGUGGCUAUUUAAAUAAAUUAAAAUUAAAUAUAACUUUACGUUCAGUUCCCUAGUUGCAUGAGGCACACUUCAAAUGCUCAAAACACGUGUAGUUAGUAGCUACCAUGUUGAGCAAAACAAAUUAUAGAACAUUUCCAUUAUCACAAAGUUUUAUCGGACAGUGCUGCUGUAAAAUCUCCCCUUCCACUUAACUCCCAUACAACUAAUUUUCUUCUGUUCAUUUUGAUAACUUCUACCCAGUGGUAGCUCUUCCAAAACGGCUGCUUUAACUUGAUUUAAUUUUCCACAUUUGAUUUCAUCUUUCAAGUAAGUUCUUAGAGGUCCCUGGUAGUGAAGUAGUAACUGUUAAUUUUCUUCAUGUAUCAGAACAUCUGUAACCAGCCCUUGUAUCUAUUUGGUGGUCAACAGCUAACUGGAUCGGUCAAAUCUGUAUUUAUUUUUAACAUUAAGAAUAACAAAGUUCUUGUUUACAUUCAAAAUGUAUGAAUUUCUUUUUUGAACAUCUUGGUUCUAGCUAAUAAGGACAAUAUAAAUUCUUAGGUUUGGCAAGUAUCUAGAGAGAACAGUAUUACAACUUCAUUUUCCUAGGAAUUUGCAUUCUACAUAUGGUCUCUAUUUGUUAGGGUUUAAAAGUAACAACCAGUGAAAACACUUUCCUUAUUCCCUCUAACUCAUACUUACAGGGUAUUGGAAGCUUAUACAAUACUGAAAUAUGAAACAGUAAGUGGUACUAAGGCACUAUGAGAAUACUAUAAAGCUCAAGCCACUGUGUAUCUGUCAUUAAGCAUUUCAUAUAACAAAACUAUAAACUGCAUGCCAAUGGAAUGUUUUCUACUAUUUAAAUUUUUAAAUAAAAAGUUUUGUGGGUUAAGCAGAAGAUACUUAAUUUGCAUGCUGAGUUCUAUUAAAAGUGUCAAUGUUUCAAACUCAAAGCAUCCCUAAAGACCUGGACAAGAUACUGAAACUGGCAUCCUUAAAUUUUGUAUUUUUUCUUUAAGGCAAUGCAAAGGUAACCUGUGAGUUGAGCAAAUGUUUUAGAAAGUUAUAUAUUUUUAUAUGAAACAGGAUUUUAUUUAAUAAAGUUCUUGGCUCUAA